AUGGGUGAGGAGGAGGCAGUCGAUUAUACAGAGCCCGAGGCUGAAGCCCCGGAAGCAGCAGCAGAAGCAGCAGUUGCUGCAGAGCAGGUUGAGGAGGCUGAUGCAGCCAACGGAGCUUCUGAGGCAGCCAACGCCAAUGGAGCACCAGCGACAAACGGCGAGAAGAGGCAAGCACCUCCUCAUUACUAUUCGGCCGCGGAUGACCCAAUGUCAGAGCCACCGCAUGGGACAGAGGUGUUUGUGGGCGGCAUUCCUCGCAGUGCCACCGAGGACCAGCUCAAGGUCUUUGCAGAGGCGAUGGGCGAGGUGCAUGCAGUCGUUCUCCUCAAAGACCCCCAGAACAAUGAGCAGAACCGAGGGUUCGGCUUUGUCAAGUUCAAGACACGUGCGGCUGCGACUGAUGCGCUGGAGAAGCUGGCUGGCAAGCAGCUGGCAGACUUCCCGGGCCAGAACCUGCGAGUGGCGCCUUCCCAGUCAAAGCACAAGCUGUACGUGGGAAAUAUUCCCAGGGACCUCAGCAAGGACACCCUGAAGGCUGAGCUGGAUGCUGUGGUCAAAGGGGUGGAGGUCAUCGAGCUGCUGAUGAGCAAGGAAUACCCGGGAAACAACCGCGGCUUUGCCUUCAUCGAAUUUUACAACCACGCAUGUGCACAGCUGGCCAAGAAUGCGCUGUCAGCGCCCACGUACACGAUGCAUGGGCGCUCACUGAAUGUGGCAUAUGCAGAGCCCAAGGGGGCCGACCAGGUUCCUACCCAGCAGGUCAAGUCGGUCUACGUUGGCAACCUGCCAGCGUCUGCAAAUGAGGCGAAGCUGAAGGAGCUGUUUGAACAGUUUGGCGAGGUCACAAAGGUGGUCAUUCCACCUUCGCGGCCGGACAAGCCGAACCGCGAGUUUGGCUUUGUGCACUUCUCCGAGCGCAGCGUCGUAGAGAAGCUGGUGCAGGACGCCGAAAAGGGCACCAAGCCUUCACUUGACAGUAACACCCUGGAGGUGAAGAUGGCCAAGCCGCAGCUGCAGCCAGAGCUGCAGAACCAGCAGGCCUUCAUGGGCGGCCGCGGCAACUUUGGCGGCCGCAAUUCCAACUUUGGCGGCCCAUCAGGCGGACGCUCAGGAGGCGAGUCUUAA